AGUUUUGUGCAAAAGCCACUGAUAGAGAUCUAAUUGGUCCGAUAACGGAAUUAGUGCCUAGAAUGAGACAAAUGUGGAAAUCCUUAGAACCCCACUUCUCCAACCUUAGUCAGCUAUUCAUUGUCGUAUAAUGUUCGUGGCUGACUUUCUGAUUCCCCUGCCCCCCGCACAAGGGGUAGGAAGGUACCUCGGUACGGGGUACUUAAAGCCGAAGUACACUCAUGUAUAAAGAGCAUCUCAAGUGUAUUGUAUACUUAAUUUCGAAGUCCCCAAUGUUUCUUUUCUCUUCAUAAUAUCCCAAGUGUUGAUAACCUUCACAUCCGUAUUUCCACAAUGUCUAAGGUUGAUAACGAGAUCAAGGGGCGUCUCGCUCUUAUCACAGGUGCCUCCGGAGGUAUCGGCUCCGCAUGCGCUCGAGAUUUAUGGGCUCACGGAGCUUCUCUUGCUCUGACAUGUUUUCGGAACACACAACCUGUGGACGAUCUAGCCGAAGAACUUCGGAAAUUAGAUGGCGAGGGCCGUAAAAUCACCGUCCAUCGUGUUGAUACAGCAUCAGCAGAAGAGAUCGAGAACCUGUUUCGUGAGAUUAAAGAGCAGCACGGCCAAGACGGUCCAGAUAUCCUAGUAUCAAAUGCAGGGUACGGAAAGAGACGAAAUGGUAUAUUGGACGUGAGCUUAGAAGAGUUCGACUACACGAUCAACGUCAACUUGCGAGCCUCGUUUCUUCUCUCUAAACUGAGUAUUCCGCACAUGGAGGCGCAAGGCUGGGGGCGGAUUAUCUUCAUUUCGUCGAUUGCAGCACAAGGAGGGGGUAUUAACGCGUGUCACUAUGCUGCUUCUAAAGCUGGGCUGACCGGUCUGAUGAAGAACUUGGCAAUGAAGCACGGAAAGGUAGGGAUCACCGUCAAUGAUGUUGCUCCCGCUAUGAUUGGAGAGACCGGGAUGAUCCCAGACGAGAAAUACGUCGAGGGUACGCCGGGUGACGUGAAGAACAUUCCGGUUGGACGCCUAGGAACGCCACAAGAAUGCGCAAAUAUUGUUACUAUGAUAUGUAGGACUGGCUACUUAACAGGCCAAAGCAUACUGCUCAGUGGUGGUCUUAAGUAGUUGGUUGGUUCCGAAACGUAUCUUGGUUUUCGUAUGCUUGUUUGAGCUGAUGCGUAUUUGAUACGACCAAUUAAAGGAGAAGCCAGCGAGUCUACUAAUGUAAGCAAUUAUUGCUUGCAUUAUCUUUUCGGAGUAUAUGUUUUAAGGCGUUCCGCAAUAUGCCAAGGUUUCUAGGUAAACUUUCUUAAUCCUGCCCUAUGAACUAUUGUUCUUAUGAAUUGGGGUAUAAAUGGUUUUAUUUGAUAACAGGAAUCGAUAUUUCUCGGCAAACAGCGGCGUAAGUUCCGUUGUGUUUCCCGUGUCGGAGUGGCGAGAUCCGACGCCGGAUACAACGCUCGGCUCCGUGGCGAUUGCCCACCUGGGGAAUUCUCCAGUCGGGUGAUUGUGUAACCUUCACU